UUUAAUCGGCUCACACGCUGUCCUGCUUUACUGUCUGCAAUGAAGUCCUAUUCAAGGAUGUAUACAACAGAACGCUGCAUGAAGUCAAACAACAGCUGCCGUUGUCAGCUCUCAUUCACUGGGUACAUUGUCAUCGCGAGAACUCUUUGAGAAGACAUCCAACGGCUAACGAGACAUGCUUUGAAGACAUGCUCAUGGCAGUUUCCUGCACAUUCAGUAUAAAGGUUAGGGCCUUCAAAGGCAUUUUGGACAAACUUCGACUCUACGUUAAGAGCGGCAGCGGCGGAACAGGACUACCCCGAUAUGGCGGCAUUGGAGGCAACGGUGGUAGCGUAUACGUCGAAGCCAGGGACCAAAUGGAACUGAAGGAUGUCUUGGCAAAGUUUCCUGACAGAAGAGUAGUAGCGGGAAACGGGGGAAAUAGCAAGUCACACCAAAUCCUGGGUUGCACAGGCAAAGACGUCACCGUACAUGUCCCAGUUGGCGUUGCCGUCUACAAUGGACAAGGGCAUCUGAUAGGUGAUCUAAUCAGACCUGGAGACAACGUUCUUGCUUUGGGAGGAGGCUGUGGUGGGAAUCCUGCCACCCAGUUCCACGGGCAGAAAGGACUGGCUGACCACAUUGUACUGCAUUUUAAACUUAUCGCCGAUGCUGGUUUUGUUGGGUUUCCAAACGCUGGGAAGUCCACGCUCCUAAGGGCGCUGUCUAGAGCGACGCCAAAAGUGGCGAAUUAUCCGUGUAAGUGUUUUUUAGUUUUUUUUCUACUUUAUUUAUGCUUACAGAACAAACUGGAAAUUUCAGUCACGACUAUUCGUCCAAACAUUGGUACCAUGGAGUAUGGUGACUACCGACAGAUAUCACUUGCUGACUUGCCAGGGCUGAUCGAAGGAGCACAUCGAAACUACGGACUCGGUCACAGCUUUUUAAAGCAUGUGGAGAGGACGCGUAUGCUUCUGUUUGUGGUCGAUGUGAACGGUUUUUGUCUGAACGAGAGCAUGACACAUAGAAGUGCUUUCGAAACAGUCAUGUCGCUCACGCGGGAGCUGGAGCUCUACAAGGAGUCUCUGCUUGAAAAGCCUGCAAUCCUUGCUAUAAAUAAAAUGGACACCGAAGGAGCGAAGGAGAAAUUUCGCGAGCUCUGCAAGAGUUUGGAAAAAGGAGAUGUAUCUGCUUUGGACGAAAGCAUACGGCCCACUAGACAGAUCGACUUUGACGACAUCGUACCCAUCAUAGCACGAGAUGCAAAAAACACUGCAUUGUUGAAGCAGAAAAUCAGAUCGUUCCUCGAAAUUCAUGAAGCAGAAUCAAGUGGAGACGUGGGAGUGAAACUUGCAAAGUCAUCUCAGUCAACUUUCUUAAUAUAAUAAUUAAUUGAAAAAUAAUGAUCAUGUUAGCAUGCUGCUCAUAUGUGGUAUUGUAAAACUGUACAUAUUGUAAUAAAACAAGACAUGUUAGAUUUUAAAAAAUCA